AUGCAAGCCGUGGCAUAUCCGCACAGUCGAAGGUCGAUCAGAGAGGCGUACGAGGAGCAUUUCCUACCUGGAGAUGCAAGAGAGGUGAGGGUUCAUCGAGUUGUCAAUAUCGUUGAAAAGAGGUCUUCCAUGCCAAGGCAGGGGUUAGAACAUGAAAGGAGAUAUGGCGAUGAGCAGUGGUACGAAGGCCCUCGAAAUUACCAGGAGGCAAGAGGAUAUCACUGCGAGGAGGGCUACCCACCCAAUGAGAGAUACUUUGAAGAGAAGCCCAACUACAACAGUUUUCGCAGAGGUUCCCCGCCACCCCGAAAUGAGGUCCCAUACUCUUCACAAAGCUACGGCAGAGAUGAUUUGAGGCACCAGUUAAGCUCAAGGACCGGCAGCAGAGCUCAACAUUUCCGCAAGAGAGGUCGAGGGUCAGGCCCUCCUCAUAGAGAGGUCCAUGAUGACUACAGGGCCUCUAAGUCUUUAGUAAUCACACGGGACCGCUCUCCUGGAAGGAGGGGAGCCCAUCCGCCUCACACUGGCCGCUCAGGAUCAAACACCAGCAGUAAGAGCGUCUCUCCUGACAAGGACAAAGGCCACAGCAACCCGCAGUCACAACAAAAGCAUAAAGCCGCUGUGGGGUCCGGCCACACCCCCAGCUGCUCUGCAGAGGAAUCUCCCCACGGCUCGGUCGCUUCAAAGGAAAACUCUUCAGCAUCUGCGCUGGAGUCGGAGGAGGCCGCGGCUUCAAGCACGGAGCCAAAACAGACGCCAGAAGACGACUUGAAGACCCGUCGGUUGGAGGCCAUCGAGGCUAAAGCUCAGGAAAUUGAGAAGCAUUACAGGCAAGACUGUGAGACGUUUCGCACAGUCGUGAAGAUGCUGGUGGCCAAGGAGCCCAGUUUGGAAAACCUGCUGAAAGCGUCCCUGGAUGAGAACCUAGUGGAGAUCCAACAGCGCUGCCUGGACGCCCUGAAGAGCUUCAUAACAGAGCUGGACGAGAUCUUAGAGCAGGCAGACAGCCCGGAAUAA